GCUGGACUCUCAGCUCCUCUAGAAAGCCUUCCCCACACUCACCUUGCCUGGGUUAGAGACCCCCGCUGCUCUCCCAGUCCCCCGGAUUUUCUCUAUUGCAACACUUACCAUCCUCUGUGGGAAUUGCGUGUUUAAUGGUUGAUCUCCCCAGCAAGAACCUCGAGCUCCACGAAGGGAGAGACAUCCGCUGCUUUGUCGCUCCUUAUAUUGCCCGCGCCCAGAAGAGUGCCUGGCACGCAGCAAGCAUCCAAUAAGCAUUUGUUGAAUAAAUAGUUAAUUAAUGCUAGGCAUUUUGUGUUAUACGAUGGGAAAAAAAUUAUCAUCGUAAUACAUGGGCCAGUGUUUCCCCAAUCCGCUAGCUCACACUUCCUUUCUUAGUCGGGGCUAUAAACCGACCAAGGGCACUUCACGUGAAACUGUCUCUUUGCCGGAGGAACGCCUUCCUGUCCACAUAUGAUUACACGCUGGAAGAAGAUGGGUCAGCACUACCUGUGGACCUUGCUCCUUUGCCUGCAAACCUGUCUGGAAGCAGCUGGAAGUGACACAGACAUCCUGCCGGUGACUGGGAUCCUGGGGGAGUCGGUCACUUUCCCCCUAAACAUCCAACAACCGCAGCAAGUUAUCAACAUCGCUUGGAAUUCUGAGACGUCUGUUGCUUUCGUCACGCCAGGAGACCCAGGAACAGCACCCAAAGUCACUGUGACCCACCAACAUUACAAUGACCGAAUAAAUGUCUCCCGCCAGAACUACAACCUGGAGAUCAGUAAUCUGGGGGUGGAAGAUUCGGGCAUCUACAGGGCUGACAUAAAUCUGAAGAUGGCUGAAACGACAGUCACCACCACCAGGCGCUACAACCUGCAAGUCUAUCGUCGGCUUGGGAAGCCAAAGAUUACUCAGAGUUUAAUGGCAUCUGUCAACAGCACCUGUAACGUCACACUGACAUGUUCUGUGGAAGAGGAAGAAAAGAAUGUCACAUACAGUUGGAGCCCCUUGGGGGAAGAGGGUAAUGUCGUUCGAAUCUUCCAGACCCCUGACAACCAAGAGCUGACUUACACAUGUACAGCCUGGAACCCUGUCAGCAACAGCUCCGACUCCAUCUUGGCCCGACAGCUCUGUGCAGACACGGCAGCGGGCCUCCGUCCCCGCCACACUGGGCUGCUGAGCGGGCUGGCCGUGCUCUUUCUGUUUGUUGUCAUUGUGCCUUCACUGCUUCUGUGCCUUCUGUGCAAAAGAGGACAAGGUUCCUACCUGAAGACCUCCAGGAAGAACUCUGAUGCCAUCUCUAGGAAAACGAUAUACGCUUAUGUCAUGGUCACGAGAGAUGUCCCACCAGCAGAGGGCAGAAUCUAUGAUGAAAUCCCCCAGUCCAAGGAGCGCCCCGCCAAGGAGGAGCCCGUGAAUGGGAUUUAUUCCACACUGCAGUCUGAGAAGAUGGGGAAGACCAGCACUCAGGACGGCAAACCUCCUGGGACUUCAACCUACGAAAAUGUGAUCUAGGCUCCUGGACGGCAUUCACUCUGCGGACACUGAGCUUCCCACAUCAUGUGUUCCAGCAGAUGCCCCAGACCCAGACUCCCUCUGUUCGGAUCUUACCUGGACAUAGCAAACCGUCACCCCAAUACGGGACUUUUCGUGACUGGAGGUGAUGACCCUUCCCAGCAACCCCAUAUGUAGAAAGGAUUGAUGUUUCGCGCACCGCCUGGGACGCCCUGACCACGCUCAGUGUCCGGGAGGGGCCCCGGUGCACGGCCUCCACGGUCCACACGGCACCUUGGGCAAAUUAGGCAAAAAAAAACCCUUUUCCGGAGGCGGAUACAGCCCCUCCCAAGUGUGUGGCUUGACAAGCAGAGGCUGGGCUGCAUUUCAGCCUCCUCUUGCCCCUCUGCCCAGAAACUUUUGUGCAGGGGACAGCUGGCUGGACCAGCCCAACCAACCACAUGUGACGGUGUCGCCUGGGAAGCCAUUGGAGGGGUAGCUCUCCACCGUGCAGACGCACCCUCCCAAUGGAGUGUUGGCAAGUGGUCUUUCUGUAGGGACGAGGUGGUUGGGGCAUAUUUCUUCAGGCUGUACUUCAGAAGCCUCUUAAGCUUUUCUUUCUAGCCAAGCUUUCCACGUGACUGGGCGCUUGAGUGCCCAGAUAUUAACAUUAUUCUAAGGGUAUCCACGAGGGUGUUCCUGGAUGAGAUUAACAUUUGGAUUAGUAGACCGAGUAAAGUAGGUUAAUCCCCACUCCAGUACGGGCGCCCAUCACCAAAUCCGUUAAGAGCCUGGGUAGAAGAAGGAGGCAGAGUAAAGGAGAAUUCGUUCUCUCUGCCUGACCGUCUUGGAGCUGGGACGUCAGUGCUCCUGCCCUAGGAUUUGGAUUUGGAUUUGGACUGGAGCUUUCAACAUCAGCUCUCCAGCUGGCUGACUGCAGACCUGGGGAUUUCUCAGUCUUCGUCACCACUCAAGCCAGCUCCUUGUUGUAUAUAUCGCUUUCCUGUUGGUCCCGUUUCUCUGCAGAGCCAGACUAACGCCUAUUCGUAUACGCUUAAGGGCAGGAUCCAUGACGUCAUGACAUUAAAGAGUGACCACGAGAGAUGAGAGUGUCAGUCACUCGUGCAUCCACCGCCCCAAACACCAUGCCUGGUGCCCUGAUGUGAAUAAAUGCUGCUGAAUAGAAUUGAAAAUGACCAGCCAGCUCAAAUGGAAGGUACACGUUGCAAGUGUGGAUAGACAGAAGCCAACACGCGUGGCGGCAUCCGAGUAUGGCAAGCAUUCAAUGUCAGAAAGCAGACGUCAGUGUACGGCCAUGGGGGUGGGAGGGGGAGACUCUCAGAGUUCGACCAACGUACACAUGAACUGAAGCAGUGAACCAGGUGUGAGGUGAGAGGCAGUCACCCUAGGGAGACACGUGAAGGAAGAAAUAAAGAAACUUGUCCUAAGGAUGGAGAAGCCCCAAAGUGACAUUCAACAGACCCUAAAAUAGAAGCAUGUCUCACUUUCACCUGAGUUGAGGGACCGCUCCUGAACGUCGCCCUUCUCUAACCCGCCCCGCCUCUCCCUGGUGCGCUCAGCCAGUCAAAUUGCUAGUGUCCUAGAGCCCCGCUGGCGAGUGGGGAAGAAGGAAAAGAGCCAGAGGCCAGAGUCCCUUGGGUCUCCCAUGAGAACACACCGGGAAUUCUUCACGUGGCCUUUGGGACUGAGGACCACCGAGCUCCUGUCUCUCACUCUUCCCUUCCUAUGAAUCUUCCGAUUUCUGAAGAUGGAAGCUUCUCACCCCAUCCCUUCAGGGCUCGGUGUUCAGAUUCCCCUUCUGUAAAAUGGGGGUGAUCUUCAUUUCCACAGAUUUAAGACGAACUAGAUUGUGACCGACGGGUCUACACAACUAUUCCUUCGAUGGAACGGAAUCUCGUAUCACGCCCAGAUGGGCCAGCUUUCACAAAUGUGUGUUGAAAUUGAAAUCUCGGGGCCCCCGGGUGGCUCAGUCGGAUGGACAUCUGAGGUCGACUCAGGCCACGAUCUCCCAGCUCGUGAAUUCGAGCCCCACAUUGGGCUCUCUGCCAUCAGCACAGAGCCCACCUCGGAUCCUCUGUCUCCUUCUCUCUCUGCCCCUCCCCUGCUCGCGCUCUCUCUCUCUCUCUCUCUCAAAAAGAAAUUGAAAUCUCAGGGGCAGGGCCCCUUAGUGGCAAGAGCAGGUAAGGCAGCACCUCCCCAGGGGCCUGUGGGUCCACGUGGGCCUUUUCGGUAGAGAACUUGAGAAACAAUGCAGGGAAUGCCUUUCAGAAAAAGAAAGUGAAGCCGAUUUAAAACGGGAUGUUUUCAAAAAAGCUAUAGAAUGCUCUAAACUACACAGCCCACACGAGAAGAACUUGACUGGGCCACUUUGGAAAACGGGCAAAGGAAAGGCGACUGACCUCUCUGGCAUUUCUCAGAUUCGGCCCGGAGAAAAGAAAUGGCCGGGCCAUAUUUUCUUCCAGAUGCAUUACUUUUCUUCUGCUUGACUUUUCCCUGAGUUUUCCUUGAUGUGAGUAAUUUUUUGCAGAAUCAUUAGUGACAGUCUCUACUGGCUGUAAAAUGAAGUUUGAAGAAGGAGACAGAAGGAAGAAGGGUAUUGACUGGUCCCAAAACGCAGGCUUCGACGCUGGAGCGCCUGCGUCGGUAUCCUGGUUUCUUGGUUCUGAGACGUCGGGCAAUUUAGGCUCACCUCUCUGGGCCUCAGUUUCCCUGCUUGUAAAAUGGGGGUAAUAACAGCUCCUACCGCAUAGGGUUGAUGUAGGGACUAAAUGAGGCUGCCCUGUAAGAAUGUGCCUGCAAAUUGUUCUUAUAGGCCCAACACCUCCAUCGGAUGCUAACCCUGUACAACCGGGUUCUUGUAGCACAAAUGUAGCCGAUAUUGUGCUAAAUUAGUGUUGAGUGCCGAACUCUUAACUCUCAGCCCUCCCACAUCAAUGCUUGUUCCUUCCAUCAUUUUGCUUACCACGCUGCCCUCCUCUGCCCCCAGCUCCCCAGCCAGACGACAGAACGGGGCUGGUCCGAAUAAUAAUAAUAAUGCAAACAGAGAACUCCUGAGGGCCAGAGACCGGGACAGUUCAUUAAGGGUUUUAGUUUGUGUAUCAGCUGCUACACUAGAUGCUUUAUACCUCAUCCAAAAUUCACAACAACCCUGUAGAGUAGAAGUUAGUUCUUCUAGGGGCGCCUGGGUGGCUCAGUCGAUUGAGCGUCCGACUUUGGUUCAGGUCAUGAUCUCACGGUUUGUGAGUUCGAGCCCCGUGUCAGGCUCUAUGCUGACAGCUCAGAGCCUGGAACCUGCUUCGGAUUCUGUGUCUUCUUCUCUCUCUGCUCCCCGCCCCCCCACCCGCUCUCUCUCUGUCUCUCUCUCUCUCAAAAAUGAUAAACAUUAGAAAUUAGUUCUUCUAGUCUCCGUUAAGACGGAGGGAAUAAAUACUUAGCAAAAUCAGUCAGCUUGGGAAGACAGGACUUGAAGUCAAGACUUCCUGUCACCAAGGGCCACGUACUUGCUCUCGUACCACGCUGCCUUCCUCUACCCAGCUCUGGACUCCCAACACCCAGCACUUUGUUUGACCCUUCAUAGGGGGACGACAAAAUAUUUGUUGAAUGACUGCGUACAUAUAAUCGUAUUUUAAAGUCACCAAGAGCAGCUCCAAGUAAAUGUAUUCAUGUAUUAGCUCCAUUGUGUGGAUAACCACUCAACCCCUCUAUUGGGAACACCCAUUAAAGAAUCUUGCGUGGAGCUCUCCGUCUGCAUUUUGGGUAGGGCUGGUUUCACAACAAACAAGGGAUCCGGGUCAUAAGCACUUCUGCUGAGUUGUCGCAAACCGAGAGAAAUAGAGUACGAAUUUCCACUAUUAAUAUCAGAAGAAUAACAGAAACAGAGGAGGAAGGAUGAAUUGUGCGACACUAUUUAAUAGUUUAAAAACAGCUGUGUACCAGGGAGUCUGGGUGGGUCAGUUAAGUGACCGGCCCUUGAUUUCGGCUCAGGUCACGGUCUCACGGUUUGUGAGUAUGAGCCCCGCGUCGGGCUCUGCCCUGAUGCCCAGGGCCUGCUUGGGAUUCUCUCUCUCUCUGCCCCUCCUCUGCUCGUUCGCUCUCUCUCUCCAAAUAAACAAAAACAUUAAAAAAAAUUUUUUUUUAAUUAUUUAAAAAACCGAGCUGUGUACCUUUAAACUUUCAUGACCCGUCAUAAUCAUAAUGGCUAACACGGAUCAGUACCUACUGUAUGCCAUUUCCCACCCUGCUGUUUUAUGUGUACUAAUUCGUUUAAAGCCCACAAGAAACGCUGAAACUCAUCGACUCCCUGAAGUGGAUGCAACCCUCCUCCAUUUCACAAAGGAAGAAACGGAGUCACAGAAAGGCUAAGCUCGUCCAAGUUAAUAUUGAAACCAGGAUGCCACUCGUGGCCCGCCAGGUCCCGGGGCUGUUUGCGGAACCACUGUGCUCGCUGCCUCCCCAGCCCGCAGCUUCCCAAGGAAGAAAACGUACAUUCUUGACUCCAGAGCCCCUACAUCCAAAAGUCACUAGUCAUCCAAAAGCCCUUCUCAAGGGCAACUCAACCAUGUCCCCUCACACUGCCCAGCUCUCAACACACCCUCCCUUCCAGUGCCCACUCUUCCAGAUCAUUCCCUAUCACUCAGUCCUUUAUCGCUAUUACCUGGGCUCUCACCACACAAUGAGCAAUCUCCAAAACACUGGCCUUGUCCUUUGUUUUUCUGCUGAAAAAUUUUUCUUGUGGGACCAGACUCCUGAGCAAUCUGACCCAUCAGAACUUCCAGGCCUUCCUCCUGCUUUCUCCCUCGGCUCCAGUCACACGGAAGUACGCGAGUCCAUGAACCCACCAGACCCUUUCCUGCUCCACACCUUUGCCGACGCUGUGUUAUCUGCCUGGGGUACGCCUUCGCCCCUUUCCAUCCCUAGCUAUUUCAUGCUUCAAGGAUCAGUCUGAGGAUCCCUCUUUGUGCAGGCUUCUAAAACCUCCCACUCAAAGCUAAAUAUAUAACCCCCUUGUAAAUUUCCAUUACUAAACGAUUUGUUGUGCAUAAA